AAAUGCCCACUUUGCUGCACAGGUUUGUUUGUUCUCCGAUGUUCCUCUGGCUUGCUGGCCCCUUGGGGCCUCGUGCCCCCACCCUCCUGCCUUGGAGACCCUGGUGGUUUUGCUCCUGCAGACUAACAGGCUAAUGUCAGGUAUGAAUUACAUUUAUGCAACUUUACUUCCUCUCUUUGUAUCCAAGGCCACUGUUCUUGGGGUCUGUUUUACCCAGAAGCACACUGAGGGCUGGCAGUUGGCCCCUUCAGAGAGAUGGCGUUUGCUAAGCUCCUCAGAGGGAUUCCACUCACAGCCUGUCGGUCCUUCCUUACUGGUCAAAUGAGACGUUCAGCUCUUGGGUGGCUCUGGAUUUGGGCCAGGCUUCUGCUUGGAACAGCAGGACUGAAGGCACACCCAGGGUGGCUCCCUCUCUAUGUCACAGGGCUGGCUCAGGGGCCAUCCCGCACAACAGAGCUGUCUCUGAACCGCAGUGCCUGUCACCGGCCAAAGCAGAGCCAUGGGAGGGUGUGAGAGCUACUUUGCGGGCGCUGAAACGAGCGGGGAUUCCCCUGACGUUGCUGCAGGAAAGCCGAAGAAGAACAAGAAAGCCACCCCCUCCCUGGGCCAGAAGCCUUACUUGCUAGAUGCCUAUACUGCUGAGAGUCUGUGUCCGGUGAACAUGCGCGCUCUGUGCACUCUGCCCGACGGCGUGGACAAGGCCGAGUGGAUAGCCAGCCACACUGUAGCCUUCUUCCAUCUCAUCAACGUGCUCUCCAGCACCCUGUCUGAGUUCUGCACCACACAGACCUGCCCCACUGCCCGCGGCCCUGGCAACAGGACCUUCUACUGGACAGACGAGUAUGGCAAGAAGGUCAGCUGCUCUGGCCCCCUCUACACCAGCUACAUCAUGUGCUACAUCCGGGAGCUGCUGGCCGAUCAGGAGGUUUUCCCGACAAAGCCAGGCUCUUCCUUCCCUAUGGGCUAUACCUUCCUGGCGCAGAGGAUCUUCCUCUACCUGUCCCACACGCUGGCGCACCUGUACUGGGCUCACUUCCAGCACUUAGUGGCCCUGGAGAUGCACACCCACCUCAACACAGUCUUCACCCACUUCACACUGUUCGGCCGGGAGUUCCAGCUGUUGGACUGGGCGGACACAGAGCCACUGGAGGACCUCUUCUUAGCCCUGACCCGUCACCAGGACAUGUGAGCCGCGAAGCAGUGGGACGAUGCACCGGGCAUCUGUGGUUGGGUCGGAGAUCCAGAGAAGAGCUUUGAAGGUGACCAGCUUCUGGACGCAGAGGCCGUCUGGUGACUGUGGUGGGACGCUGCAAUGUGGGGCCCCCAGCUACAGCCACUCAGCCGGUUAUGCAGCUCGUUCAGCCAUGAGGCCCACACAUUCACGCCACACCAAAGUUGUUCCCUCAACCCCCCUCCCCCCCAUCCCCAGAACUUCCUUCAGAGGAACCCACUGGUUACCUUAGAUCCCGGCAUGCACAGGCUAGCAUUUCCUGUUUAGGCCAAUUAACCUUAAAAGGUUUAUCUUCUGCAAGGAUAAGAGGUUGAUGAUAUACUAGUGCAGCACCAGUGUGAACAUUUUGGUCAGUCCCAAUGACAUUUACCUAUUACUGAUACUGAUUACCAGAUAAUCUCUGAGCUCCACAAAUCUGUAGUGGGGUGGAUGUCAGAAAUGUUGCUCCGUAAGAUUGUGUCGGUAUGUGCAGUGACCACAUCAUACAAGGUAAGGCUGUUACGGCAACUUUUUCAAAUCCAAAACUAAAUUAUGAUGUUUAGGAAAAUAAAAAUGGGUAAAAACUUGUAAAACUGAAAAGGAAAUCAAAUAGAUUCUACUGUCGUGACAAUUAAAAACCAAAACCAGAAAACUU